GUAUCAAUUGGUGCUCUCAUUUUUGAACUCGCCCAAAAAAAAGAGUGAAAGAUUAGUCACCGCCGUCAAAUUUGCUGCCGUCGGCUCUCUUUUAUCUUAAUCGUGCAGCAAUUCAAGGGACAACUGCGGUUCCAAUGUUGACAUCUGCUCUUUGAUCCGUGAAGAAAUACACCAGCAAUGGAUUCUCUGUUGGACAAAGUUCUUGGUUUACUCGAGAAAGUUCUACGGGGACAAAUCGAAUUUUAUGAAGGCGUGUGUGCAGUUGAAGAUUCCGUGGAUGAAAUUAUAAAGAAACUUCAAGCAUUUCAUCCAAUUGAAGGUCAACCAAAAUAUGAUUCCGAAGUAUAUGCGUUCGCCGUAGAGGCCUUUUGUUCAAUACAGGAUUUAGUUCGUGGUCUCCCAAUUAUGUCGAGCCUGAUUCCUAUAGAGUUAUACAUUUUCAAAGCAACCAUGAUGCGCUCUAUAAGAAAACUCAUCGGCCCUCCACGAGAUCCGGCCCCUACAGUAUCUGUGCAGAACACAACUUUCCAGGACCAGGAAGUUGAAAAAGAAAUUUUUAUUGAUCCUGUUGGUGUUCCUGAUGAUGAUCUUAUUAUUGAUCACAUAGAUGUUGUGCCUAUUACCGUUGCUGAUAUUGUUGAUGUUUCUGGUGACGAUAAACGAGCCCACACACUCCAAGAAAAAUAUUCAAGUGAUG